CAGUCGGUGGCUUUCGGGAAUGACCGUGGAGCGCGCGGCGCCUACAGCCCCUUUCCCUCAUCCCCCUUUCAGGACCGUGCCCUCCUCGCGCUGUGGAGACCUCCGCUCUGACCAGGACCCUGCUGCUUCAAUGGGAUUAUAAUUGGUUUAUUGGCACGGAGAAGGCUCAACAUAAACACUUUCUGACGGGACAACAUCCAGAAGCAAAUUUACUCUCUCCUGGACCACAAGCCUCCCUUCUCCACCAUCCAGUUGCUGCUGCUGCUGCUGCCGCUGCUACAGUUUCAUACACACACUAAUUCCUCCAGUUCAUCCUGCCAUCUCCUUCUUCACCCAGAGCACCUGAGGACGCCGGCCGCCGUCCCCCGACCUGCUUGCCACGCUGGCUACCGCCAUGACUUCCACCACAGACUUUGACAAUGCUGAGAUCACGCAGCAGUACAGCCACAUCAACACCCGCUUUGAGCUCUCUGAUGAAGAACUAGACAAUGACAAUUGCUCUGCUAGGCUGUUUGAGCGCUCGCGCAUCAAGGCCCUUGCAGAUGAGCGUGAGGCGGUUCAGAAGAAGACCUUCACCAAAUGGGUCAACUCGAUCCUUUCCCGGGUCGGCUGUCGCAUCUCUGACCUCUACCUGGAUCUGCGGGACGGACGCAUGCUCAUUAAACUGCUGGAGGUGCUGUCUGGUGAACGACUGCCAAAACCCACCAAGGGACGCAUGCGUAUCCACUGUUUGGAAAAUGUGGACAAGGCCCUGCAGUUCCUCAAGGAGCAGAGGGUCCACCUGGAGAACAUGGGCUCCCAUGACAUCGUCGACGGCAACCAUCGCCUCAUCCUCGGUCUCAUCUGGACCAUCAUCCUUCGCUUCCAGAUCCAGGACAUCAUUGUGGAAACCGGCCAGGCAGACCAGAAGGAGACACGCUCAGCCAAGGACGCUCUUCUUCUGUGGUGUCAGAUGAAAACAGCAGGAUAUCCCAAUGUCAACAUCACAAACUUCACCACCUGCUGGAAAGAUGGCAUGGCAUUCAACGCUCUCAUACACAAACACCGGCCAGAUCUGGUGGAUUAUAGCAGCCUGAAGAGGUCCAAUCCAACCCACAACCUCCAGAAUGCCUUCAACGUAGCAGAACAGAGGCUUGGUGUGACCAAAUUGUUGGACCCAGAAGAUGUGUUCACAGAGAACCCAGAUGAGAAGUCCAUCAUCACGUACGUUGUGGCAUUCUACCACUACUUCUCGAAGAUGAAGCAGCUCGCUGUCGAGGGCAAGAGAGUUGGAAAAGUUCUGGAUCACGCCAUCGAGACAGAGAAGAUGAUCGACAAGUACGAGACGCUGGCAUCAGACCUGCUGACGUGGAUCGAGCAGACCAUCAUCGUCCUGAACAACCGGAAACUUGCCAACUCUCUGACUGGUGUUCAGCAGCAGCUUCAGGCCUUCAAUACCUACCGCACUGUAGAGAAGCCGCCCAAGUUCCAGGAGAAGGGUAACCUCGAGGUGCUGCUGUUUACCAUCCAGAGUCGUAUGAGGGCGAACAACCAGAGGGUCUUCACACCUAAAGAGGGAGCCCUGGUCGCAGAUAUCAACAGGGCUUGGGAGCGUCUGGAGAGGGCGGAGCACGAACGGGAGCGCGUCCUGAGAGACGAGCUGAUCAGACAGGAGAAGUUAGAACAGAUGGCGAGAAGAUUUGACAGGAAGGCGGCCAUGAGGGAGACCUGGCUCCUGGAGAACCAGAGAUUAGUGGCUCAGGAUAACUUUGGUUACGACCUGCCAGCAGUAGAAGCAGCAAAGAAGAAGCAUGAUGCCAUUGAGACCGACAUUGCUGCAUAUGCAGAACGUGUGCAGGCCCUGGUGGACAUCUCAAAGGAACUGGAGUCUGAGCGUUACCAUGAUGCCAAACGAAUCGACGUGAGGAAAGACAACGUCCUGCGCCUGUGGGACUACCUGCAGGAGCUGCUGAAGGCCCGUAGGGGGCGUCUGGAUAUGAACCUGACCCUGCAGAGGAUCUUCCAGGAGAUGCUGUACAUCAUCAACUGGAUGGAUGAAAUGAAGGCUAGGCUUUUGUCUCCUGACUUUGGGAAACAUUUGUUGGAAGUGGAAGACUUAUUACAGAAACACGCCCUGUUGGAGAAUGACAUCGCUCUGCAGGCAGAGAGGGUACAGAACGCUAGUGCUGCUGCUCUCAAGUUUGCCAAUGGAGAUAGCUACAAGCCAUGUGAUCCCCAGGUGAUCCAGGAGAGGGUGCAGCACCUUGAAUUGUGCUACAAGGAGCUUUGUGCUUUGGCAGCCCAGCGUAGGGCUCGCUUGGAGCAGUCCCGCCGCUUCUGGAACUUCCUCUGGGAGGUGGCAGAGCUGGAGAGCUGGAUUAAGGAGAAGGAGCACAUUUUCUCCUCCCUGGAUUACGGCAAGGACCUGAGGAGUGUGCUGGUGCUCCAAAGCAAACACAGUGCCUUCGAGGAUGAACUCGGAGCCCGCCGUGCCAACCUCAAUCAGGUCUUGGCUGAAGGAGAAAAUAUGAUCCAAGACAAGCACUUUGGUUCUCCAAAAGUUCAAGAAGGCAUGGACAACAUCAAGAGGCAGUGGCAGCAGCUGGAGGAGCUGGCAGCAUUUCGGAAACAGAACCUGCAGGACACCCAGAGUUUCUUCCAGUUUCAGGGAGAUGCUGACGACCUCAAGGCCUGGCUCUUGGACGCCAAGAGGCAGAUGAGCAAUGAUGACGUAGGCCACGAUGAGUUCACCACCCAGCGGCUACUGAAGAGGCACAACGACCUCAAGAAUGAGAUAAUCAAGAACGGAGCCAACAUUGAGGCUCUCUCCAAACAGGGCAACGCUCUGCCAGAGGAGCUACAGAACACGCCUGAUAUCCAGACACGCCUAAAAGACAUAAAGGAACUGUACAUGGAGCUCAUGUCUCUGGCUGACCUGAGACAGAAGAAGCUUGAUGACACCAUGGCCCUGUACAUCAUCUUCAGUGAGACAGACGCCUGCGAGCUCUUUAUGGGCCAGAAGGAGACGUGGUUGGUGGGCUUGGAGGUGCCUGAGAAGCUGGAGGAUCUGGAAGUAGUACAGAAUAGGUUGAGCAUCUUAGCUCAAGAAAUGGUAAAUGUUCAGUCGAAGGUUGAUGACGUCAACAAAGCUGUGAAACAGCUUGAGGACAGCAGACACCCUCGAACCAAAGAGGUCAAGGAAUGUCAGACACGACUGAAUACGAGGUGGGAGGCCUUCAAAGCCAUGGUGGAGGACAAGAAGAGGAAAGUGGAUUCUGCUGUUAGUCUGCACAGCUAUGGGGUGGAGUGUGACGAGACAGAGACCUGGAUCAAAGACAAGACACGGGUGAUUGAGUCCACACAGGACUUGGGCAACGACCUGGCAGCCGUCAUGACCAUCCAGAGGAAACUGUUUGGCAUGGAGAGAGAUUUGGCCGCCAUCGAAACCAAGCUUAGCUUCCUGAGGACCGAGGCUGAUGAGUUGGCCAAAGACCACCCAGAUAACGCGGACGAUAUCUUGGCCCACAGAGCAGAGCUGGACGCGGCCUGGGACACGCUUAGAAACACUCUGAAAGACAGAGAGGACUCUUUGGGCGAGGUCAGCAAGUUGCAGAGUUUCCUCCAAGAAAUGGAUGACUUCCAGUCCUGGCUCUUCAAGACCCAGAAGGCUGUGGCAUCAGAGGAAAUGCCCGCCUCACUGCCAGAGGCCGAGGAGCAGCUAAGCCUACACGACGCUGUGCGCGAAGACAUAAACAACCAUGAAGAGGACUAUCACCGUGUGAGGGACACCGGUGUCCAGGUCACCCAAGGUCAGGAGGACGACCCUCAGUACCAGCAGCUUGAGAAGACGCUGAAGGGUCUGGACCGCGGUUGGUAUGAACUGCAGAAGAUGUGGGACAAUCGCAAGAACCUCCUGGACCAGGGUCUGGGCUUCCAGCAGUUCAUGAGAGACGGCAAGGCUGUAGAGGCCAUCCUCAACAACCAGGAGUACACCUUGGCCCACAUAGACCAACCUGACACUUUGGCCGGCGCAGAGAAGGCUCUGAAAAAGCAUGAGGACUUUUUGAGCACCAUGGAGGCCAACGAGGACAAGAUUGACGGCGCUCUACAGGAAGGACAGCGGCUGGUGGACAGUGACAACUUGUACUCUGGGAAAGUUCAAGAGAAAAUGGACUCUAUUAAAGACAGGCAUGACAAAAAUAAAAGAAGAGCCGAUGAAGUGUCAGAAAAGCUCUACGAUAACCGCGACCUGCAGCGCUUCCUUCAAAACACUCAAGAUCUUACUGUGUGGAUCAACGAGAAGAUGCUGACCGCUCAGGACACGUCGUACGAUGAGGCCAGGAACCUCCACAGCAAGUGGCUGAAACAUCAGGCCUUUAUGGCUGAGCUGGCCUCAAACAAGGACUGGCUUAACAAAGUAGACCAGGAGGGUCAUGAGCUAAUGGAGUCCAAGCCCGAGUUUGAGCCCAUCGUGACUGAGCGCCUGGCCAAACUCCACGAGCUGUGGGACAAGCUGGAGUCCACCACCCAAGAGAAAGCGAGGCUGCUGUUUGACGCUAACCGCUCCGAGCUUUUCGACCAGAGCCUGACAGACAUGAAGAAGUGGCUGGGUGGCCUGCAGCAGCAGAUACAGAGCGGAGACGAAGAAGUCAAAGACCUGACUAACGCCAACAUCCUGCUCAAAAAGCAUCAGAUGACAGAGAACCAGGUACGUGACCGUGCGCGAGAGUUGGAGGAGCUCCAGGAGGCCGCCAGGAAGCAUGGCGGAGGCAGGGAGGACCAGCCGGAGCUUGAGGCUGAGCAGCAGGCCCUGCAGGUCGAGUUCCAGCAGCUCCUCACACCACUGGCCCAGCGCAAGGGCAAGCUGGAGGCCGCCAAGGCUGUCCAUCAGUUCUACAGAGACCUGGCCGAUGAGCUUCUCUGGAUUGAAGAGAGGAUGCCCCUGGCAAUGUCACAAGAGCAUGGCCACAAUCUUCAGACCGUGCAAAUGCUGUUGAAAAAGAACCAGACGCUGCAGAGGGAGAUGGAGGGCCACCAGCCUCGCAUCGAUGAAGUGCUAGAGAGAGGAAGGAGGAUGGCUGCCGCCGCCAGCGCAGAAGACAGACCUGAGGCAGAGCGAAUCACGGACCAGGUGAAGGAACUGGAAGACGCAUGGGCCCGGCUGCAGGACGAGAUGGCCAAGCGCAGGGAGAGGCUGAACGGCUCCAACUUGGCCCAGCAGUACUACAACGACGCGGACGAGGCUGAAGCCUGGAUAGGAGAGCAGGAGCUUUACAUGAUCGCUGAUGAAAAGGCCAAGGACGAGCAAAGUGCUAUGCUGAUUCUGAAGCGUCACAUGAUUCUUAAGCAGGCGGUGGAUGACCACGCUGACUCCAUCCAAAGCCUGGCAGACCGUGCUCAGAAGAUGUUUGCAGAGGACCAUCCUGAUGGUGAGGAAAUCAUCAGGCGACAGGGCCAGGUGGAUAAGCAGUAUGCAGGGCUGAGGGAGUUGGCAGAGGAACGCAGAAAGAAGCUGGACCACACCUUCCACCACUUCAUGCUGAGCCGAGAGGUGGAGGACCUGGAGCACUGGAUCUCAGAGAGAGACGUUGUGGCCUCCUCUCAGGAGAUGGGCCAGGACCUGGACCACGUCACGCUUCUGAGGGAUAAGUUCAGAGAAUUUGCACGGGAGACAGGAAUGGCGGGGCAAGAACGUGUAGACAUGGUCAACCUGACGAUAGACGAGCUGAUUGAGGCCGGCCACAGCGAGGCGGCCGCCAUGGCAGAGUGGAAAGACGGCAUCAAUGACAGCUGGGCAGAUCUGCUUGAGCUGAUUGACACUCGCGCUCAGCUCCUUACAGCAUCUUACGACCUGCUCAAGUACUUUGAUGAUGGGAAGGAGCUUGUGGUUCAGAUCCACGAUAAGCAGAAAGAGCUGCCUGAAGAUGUGGGAGAAGACUUCAGCAAAGCAGAGUCUUUCCACAGAAUGCACGCCGCCUUUGAAAGAGACAUCACAGCUCUAGGCAAACAGGUUCAACAGUUUCAGGAGACAGCCACACGGCUUCACGCCCAGUAUGCAGGGGACCAAGCGGAGGCCAUCCAGGCCACAGAGAGGGAGGUGUUGGAGGCCUGGAAGGGCCUGCUGGAUGCCUGCGACGGCCGCAGGGCACAACUGGUAGACACAGCGGAGAAGUUCCGCUUCUUCACAAUGGUCAGAGACCUGAUGGCCUGGAUGGACAGCAUCAUCCAGCAGAUAGAGACUGAGGAGAAGCCCAGGGACGUCUCAUCCGUGGAGCUCCUGCAGAAGUAUCACCAGGGGAUCCGCUCAGAGAUCGAGGCCAGAGGAGCCAAAUUCAAUGACUGCAUAGACCUCGGCAAGGCCUUGCUGACUCGCAAGCACCGAGACUCUGCUGAGAUCAAAGAGAAGAUGGUGCAGCUGAUGGAGAAAAGGAAGGAGAUGAUGUUCAAGUGGGAUGACAGAUGGGACUGGCUCAGACUCUUGCUGGAGGUGUGUCAGUUUGCGCGGGACGCCUCUGUGGCAGAGGCCUGGCUGAUCGCUCAGGAGCCUUAUGUGACCAGCAGAGACGUGGGCGACACUGUGGACGAGGUUGAGAAACUUCUCAAGAGGCACGAGGCCUUUGAAAAAUCCACCGCCACUUGGGAAGAGCGCUUCUCUGCACUGGAGCGCCUCACAACGAUGGAGUUGUUGGAGCUGAGGAAGGAGCAACAGGAGAUGGAGAAGUUCAUUAAAGAAGAGCAGGAACAGCGCUCAGAUAAGGAGAGCAGGAGAGAAGACACUGGCUUUGUAGAAGAAUCUUCACAGCUCUACACUAUCGAGGAACAGACUCUGUCUGGUUCUGGUGCAGUUGAGCCCAGUUCAGGUCAGCUAGAAGGGACGGCAGGUGACUCCACAGUGCCCAUCGAGUCAGAAAUGAAAGAGAGUGGCUCAUUGGAGCUGGAGCCCUCCAUCUCAGUAGUGACACCGAAGGAGCCAGAGAGAGCCGCCACUAUGCCCGUGGAGCCCCUCAGAGCCCCGACUGUGCUGCUGGAGGGCAUGCUGGCCCGCAAACAUGAUGUGGAGGGCUCAGGGAAGAAGGCUUCAAAUAGGUCAUGGAACAACUUGUACUGUGUGCUGAAGCCUGGAUCACUCUCAGUUUAUAAGGAUGCUAAAAGCUUUGGGCAUGGAGCUACGUAUCAUGGCGAGGACCCGCUGUCCCUCAGUAACGCCACCUGGGAGAUCCUCGCCAACUACAAGAAAAAGAAGAACAUCGCCAAACUACGUCUUGGAGACGGCAGUGAAUAUCUGUUCCAGUGUAAAGACGAGGACGAGCUCCAGCGUUGGAGCCAGGCCAUGGAGAAGGCCGUUCAACCCCUGGCAGCAGAGGAGGCGUCGGGGCCCUCAGGGGCCAAAACCCACAGCCUGCCCCCUCCCUCCUCCUCAACUGCCCUCCCUGAGCCCAGCUCUGCCAAGAAAGACAAGGAGAAGAAGUUCAGUCGCUUUGCCAAGAAGAAGUGAAAGGAGACGGGAAGGCCAUCCGGGAGGUUGCCUAGGCAACCUGGGAAGAGAAAGUAGUAUUUGUGUACAAUCAAUCAGAGCAAGCUUUUUAGAAUUUUUAUAUUAUUUUGUGAGAAUUAAUAUUAAUAUUGUAGGUUAGGUUAAAGCCAUCACUAUUUUGCCUGUAUUUAAGCCAGUGUAUCAUUGCAGAGGUCCACUUUUUUUCUUUUCUAUGUGUUCUUUUUAACAAAAUGCCAAAUUCAAAGCAUUAAAUUAAAGCACAGGAAUGCUCCUUUUACACUCAACCAAAGAAUGUUUGACUUUUUUCUCACGUUGCUACUUUUGCUGCAUUUUCUCUUUUUUUUCUUUAGUCUGGCUUGCUUUGAUAUAACUAUGUACAAUAUGAAGGCCUGUAAUGAACAUAGGGUCACUCAAGAGUACUUAAGAGUACUUUUAUUAAUCUGCCUUACAAAAUGGUUGUGAACUGUAAUACUGUGCUGUUUGAAUUUGGAGCGCUAAAUGCUACUCAUAGAAUCAGAGUGAACUUAACAGGCUUUAACAAAAAGCUUUGUAAAUGCGAUGUAAAGACUUGGUGAUAAGCAAACCGUAGUGCAGUGUUGUACGGUACACACACACACACAUACACACACACCAAGUGUAAUUGCAGGUAUGCAAACUAAAUGCUCUAUGCACUGUGAAGAGUUUGACUGAGAUUUUAAAUUUUGACUUACAAGGAGUCAUGUGACACCAGCGUUGAAUAUAGAUACAAUCAGGCUAUAUUCUCAGCUGCACUGUGUCAGUAGUUAUGUCUGUGAACUUGAAAUAUAUUCAACACUUGUGUAUUGAAUCCCUAAAUUUCAUAUCUAUUCAUUAACAUAUAUAGAUAUACAGUAUAUAUAUCUACAGAUGCAUGAAGUAUGUUUUAUGUUAGUUUGAUAUGGUGCUAUUGUGAUAUUCUUGAACCUUCAAUUAAGACCAGCUUGACCUGCCUUACUUGUCUUCAACUUUGGCUUGUAGCUACCAAGUAUCUGGUCCCACAAGCUAGAUUUUAUUUAUCAGAGAUUAUAGUCUACUAUAAUUUACAUCAGGCACAUUUAUAAAAGCAAAAUAAAAAUAGAAAGUCUGGAUUGUUGUUAAAUGUUUGACAGUACCAGCCAAAGUCUAAGACAAGCUGUGGGUCGGAUGAAUCUUGACUGCUUUUCCAAACCACACAACAGAAGGACCAGGCAUGCUCUCUAUCUAAAGGCGAGGAUCAUACAUUAGCAGUAUGGAGCUGAGGGAAUGUGUUGUUUCUAUGAAUGUAUGGGAAGAAAUGAAGGAAGUGAGAAUUUGGUAAAUUCAACAUAAAAAAGCCAUUAUAGAAUAAUAAAUUUUAAUCUAUAUAUGCACACAGGGAAUAUAGAGUAUGUACAGUAUAUGGAGCUGUAUUUAUAGAGUUUAAUUUGUGGUUUAUUUCUGAUUUUCACCAUCUGUCCCACUCUACCAUUGCCGUCUUGCCUUGUACUGUGGGUUCUGUCCCUGAAAUACAAUUCAACUUAAGUGACCUCAUAAAAAAUUAUGGAAGUCAGGUGUAGAAAGAUAAACAAGACUGUUCAGCUCAAGAGUUUUCUAGAAAAAAUGUGGUAGCAUCAUGAUCUCUGUCUAUAUUGUCUACAUUUACAAGAGGAACAAAAAGAGCAAUUUAAUCAAUGAUCUUCUCACGGCCCGUCGAAACAGGAAUUACAGAUGUUUCCGUGUGCAGAGGGGCCAGCAGAACAUCACGUCUGUGCUAUGAGUACCAGUAGUUACGUUUUUCUGUCACAUGCACCUGGAAAUGGUUUUGCAUCACAUGUAUUCAGUCUUGUUUUUAUUGGUCACUAUAUCUACCGCAACUGAGUCAGAUGAAGUGUUCAUCUGCGUCUUCUGACACUUCCUAACUCUUGUCACCGUUCAUCCACUUUGUUUUAUUCCUCCACUCCUUCCUACCUGCUUUUUCUGUUCCGUGGUUUUUAAUCUGCAUUUUGUACUCUCUAGCUAUGUAAAAUAUCCAAAAAUGUUGACAGGAAAUAUCAAAUACAUUUUGAGAGAAUAAACUUUAAAAUAAACUCCUGAAACUAUA